ACUACGUACGUACAAUGAUGUCUUCUACCUCAAACGUGGUGGCCGCCGCCGUGGGAUCAUCAUCCCAAGGAGGAGCUUCUGCUGCUGCUGCUACUCCCAUUGUCCCUCCGCCGUCGCCGACGACCAUUAAGGUGGACGUUGUGGUGUCACAAGAUAUAACCACCCCCACCCCGACUGCAUGCAAGACCAUAAACGAAGCACUCACGAGAGCCCCCGCAGACGGUGUGACUCCAUUCGCGAUUUACGUAUGGCCGGGACCUACCCAGAGUACGUCACCAUCAAGAGGAGCAACGUCACCCUUCUCGGCGAUGGCAUUGGCAAGACCAUCAUCACCGGGGAUAAGAACGUUCAUGACGCCGCCGGCCGCGUGUCAACCUAUUACACUGCAACCCUCAUUGUGGAGGGAGAUGGGUUUAUUGGUUCGGGCAUAACUGUCAAGAACACGGCGGGACCGGAAAAGGAACAGGCGGUGGCGACGAGGACGAGCGCCAACCAGGCGGCAUUCUACCGAUGCAGCUUCGAAGGCUACCAAGACACUCUCUACGUCAACAAAGGGGUUCAGUUCUACAGAGAAUGCGACAUCUACGGCUCCGUCGACUUCAUCUUCUCCCAAACCGUCAAAGCAGUGUUCCAGAACUGCAGGAUUUACGCGAGAAACCCCGGUGGCUAGGGGAAGUACAACACCAUCACCGCCGACGGGAGGAGCGGCCCGAAUGAUCCGUGGGGGAUAUGCAUCUGUUAGACAAUAAUAUUAAGUAUUCCUA